AAAAUGCCCGGAUAUUGUAUACCAAAAUUCAUCAUGGGUUAACAUUGCUUAUCUCCUUUAAAAUGGCAUAUUUCCCUAAGAUUGGACCAUUUUAUGAACCAAAUCAUGAGCAACAUUUUUAUGGCGAAGCAGAUGGGCGACUUCGAUCGAGGAAGUCUGGUGAACAGCACCCUCAAGAUGAACAGUUGAUAACAAAUGAUCGUAGUUGGAACCAUGUUAUACAAGACCAUGAAAAUCUUUUCUACAUGGAACCAACAGAAAAUGCCAUUCAGUCAAAUAGAAAUAUUUCAGUUGGUAUGAAUCACAGGAGACAGGAAAGUCUGCAAUCUGUUGGUAGUGCAGGGAGCUACCAGUCAGGUAGCAGUGAGUCGCCACGGCAACCGUUCAGCAGACAAAGUUCAAUGGGAUCUGAACGUAGCAGUGGCUCAAAAUCAGGCAUUACUCGACAAUAUCAGCAACAUCAGGAAAGAUCUUUACCAGACAGUCAGAGACAUCAUUAUGAACAUUUUCAAAGAGAUAAUGCAUUAAGGCUGUCAGACCCAAGCUAUGCUGCAUUUAGUGAAAAUCUUAAUUCAGAAAAUGGACAUCAUAAAACCAGUCAGAGAUCGCGUAUGAAGAUUCCAUUGACAGUAGAUAAUAGCAGCACUGCAAAUCUAACUGUUAGUCAGUCUGGUAAGAGAAAGUCAGUCUUAAUGGUACCAGACGUUAGGAAUAUUGAUGAUAUUAGUAACUCUUCUGGUUUAGAUCUGUGUGAGAAGCUGUUUGGUAUAAAACUAUGUCACUAUAAGCAAAGACCGCCACGUCCAAAUGGUGCUAGUGUUGACCAUGUGUUAAGAGAUCGUAAAGUUAUAGUGCAGGCUGUGAUUCCAGACAGCCAGGCAGAUAUAUGUGGACAGAUAAACAGAGGAGACAUGCUGGUAGGCUUGAAUGACCUGGACUUGACAUGGAUCAACAUUGAUGACUUACUCAGACAAGCUGUACAACAACAAAAGGUCAAACUGACAUUCCAGGUACCUGUGGUGGUUGGGCCAAAACAAGCAACACCCCCUGUGACACCUACAAGACAUACUCCACCUCUGCCAAGACAGAACCCGCCCCCUGUGCCACCACAUAUACCUCUACGCAUACCACUGACUCCUCCUCCUAGACCUCCUGCCCCUCAUCAUUGCGAACAGCGUCAGGAUUUGAUUGCCAUGACAACUGGGGAAAAACGGUCAAGUUUAGUAGCCUCGCUGAGUCGAUUCUUGUUUUCAGUGAUGUAUCUAACAUUUGCUGGCCAGUCAGAGAACUCAAGGGAUGAUGUGAUAUACCAGUUUCCUAAUGAAGACAACAAGGUGUUUGAUGUACGAGGCCUGUUUCUUACUCUUAGUGGGCUAUUGCCUGAUGUGACCAGUAAUCAUCCUAGGAUGACAUGUAUUAUUCACCGUGGAAACAGAAUAAAUAUAGCAUACUGGAAGAGUGAGCAGGAUGUUUUAUUGCUUUGCUUGCCAGAAAACAAAAUACCUUCUUUCUAUCUUCUACAUAUAUUCACUGAUUUGUUACACAUCAUACAGGUGUUACAUGGCUCUAUAGUAAGGGUAUUUAGAGACAGGGAAUUACACAGUCAUUUAGAUCAGUUGAUCAGUCUAACUGUAUAUAGAGUGUUACAUACAGGUGUACAAACACAGGCUAUUCCUCACUGUAACCCACUAGAUCCUGUCCUACUAGACACACUGACAGGGGUUAGAUGGUUAAGGUUGUCUUCAGAUGAUAAGAUGUCCUGUGAUGAGAUUUUAAGUGAAUAUGAAGCUCAAGAUUUUGCUGAAUUUGAGGAGGUAGAUCCUGAUGAAAGAAGAAAAUUUGGUAUUCUAGGGUCGUGUUUGUUUUAUAGAGACUAUUUAUUAUGUUCCCACUUGUGUCAGGAAGAUUUGCAAGAUGUGUAUCUAUUUCUCAAAUAUCACUGUAUCCUGCAUCUAGUCAGUAAACAACCAGUAGAUGACCUCAUUAUCUGGCGGGAAGUUUAUCCCAUUCGAUUCUGCCAUACUGCGAAGGGAGAUAAUCCUGGUUAUAGGGAACCAAAGGGGAGAUGGUUCUUACUGGUUGUUAGCAUGAGGCAUUUUCUCCUUUGUACAAUAUUUGAGGCUGGGAGUUAUUCUAAGGUGGCAGUGGGCCGUCAGCUAGUGGACAAAUUCGUGGUAGAGCAGUCCAAGACAACUUUAGCCCAGCUAGAUCUAGAUGAUACAGAUAUAGAGUUACAGUGUAAUGAAAGACUUUUCUCAGAACAGUCAGGUCCCAGUUUGAAGUGUAUAGAUGCAGAAAAAGCCUCUGGUUUAAACAAUGAUAUUAUCUCUCCACUUAAAUCUACACCAUCUCCAAGACACGGUACAGAUGAUGGGGAGAGACUAUCAUUCCAGUCUCCUAAUGGACCAGCUGUAAUGAAGAGACAAGGUAGCAAACUCUCGUAUGGAUCUAAUGAUUCCAGCGGGAGCAGCACCAGUAUAAACAAGAUUAAGUCAGGAAGUAAGAAAGGAUCUAUGUACGAUGUGGAAACAUUGAACAGAAGUUUCAGCAGAGAUGGUAGUAAAGCUUGUGACAUCAAAUUUACAAAAGGCUUAAAUAACCAGCUGUUCCACUAUGUGAACUUUGACAAAUUUGAGGGCGUAUACUUAAGUCCAACACCUUUUGAUCUUGCUUCAACACAAGGUUCAACACAUCAGCACCUGUUGUUCAACUUCUAUGGCGCAUGUUUGAGAAUACAUGAUUCCUUUGAAAAGUGUGUAAAGAAAAAGGUAAAAAGAGAAGAUAAAAAAUUUGCAGUGUGUAGUUUAGAGGAAGGUGUGAUGUUUACCUGUCAGAUAGGUCUGUCAACAGAUCUUAAAAAACAACCCCCUCUCAUCAUGUACUGGGUAAUAGGACGGAGAUUUCCUGAUGGACAUGAAAUGUUUGUAUGUUUAGAAGAUGGUGCUCCACAGUGUUUGUUAGAACUUGCUUUCACAUACAACUUUGGAUUGACUUGAAGGCAAAUUUCUAGUUUGUUUUCAAGGACUGGUGCUCAAUAGGAAGUGAUACAACUAGUCUUGCACCUUGCUGGUAGCAUUUAAGAUUUUGAAGCCAGGAAGAAAUGUAGAGAAUAGGGGUAGCUCAGCAUACUUCUCUUCUACAAAUAUAAGUUUGCAUUUUGUAUCUAAAGUUGGAAAUUAAGAAAUGCUAGAACUUAGUUGAAGGUUGAAGGAACAGAAUCCUGAGAACAGUUGUCAAGCAUGAGGGACACCUAUUAACCUGGAUGUUGUGGAGACAGAAGUAUCAGAACAAUCUGCAAAUGCAUUCAGUGUUGUAAAAUCAUAUCACUAUACUUUACAUCAUCAAAGUUAUAAAAAAAAUCCUGUUGAAAGGUUCCGUCUUAAUAUAACGGUAUGUUAGCUGUAAAUUCCAUGCUGAAGCUAAAUAUAUGUAAGAGCAGCUAAAGGAAGAAAUACUUACUCAUGUUUCAGAAAUGAAGAACUUGUAAAUUUCGUGGUGAAGUUGACAGGUUGAAAUGAUUUGAGGGUUUUACAGGGUAUGUUAGUUUAUGAUUCUGUAAUGCAGCAAAGCAUAUGCUCAGAGCAGAUUCAGAUGUGUCGUAGUUUAUGACCUUUCCAAGUUAUUUGCAGAUUUUUUUUUAAAUUGAUGUAUUCUUGAAUUCUUACUACUUCUUUUGUCAUUAUGCUACAAUAAAUAAAAAAUUUAUAAAUUAAUGAUAGAUACUACAAUAUGAUACAUAAGUGUGUCCUGUAGAGAAAACAAUGUACAAGUUUUAGAGAGAUAUGUGCCGAGUGUACAGACAUCUAAAAACUACAAUGUACAGCUAUAUGUAACCAUGCAGUGACUUGACAACCAGUCUAGACUCUGUAUGUAGCCAUGUCUUGCCGCUUUCAUCAUCCAACAAGAGAUUAUAGUUGAUGCUUUCAUAUUCUAUUUGAUAAGACAGGUGUAUGAAUAGUAGAGAAGUUAGUAUUAUGUUAAAUGAAAAGAC